AUGAUACUAGGACCAUCCCGUUGGAACGAUUACUUUCCUGCUGCCAAAGGCAAUAGACAAUCUCCCAUUAAUAUAAAUGUAGAUAACCAGCAUUGUGAUGGAGAUUUAAAGGAAGAUCCACUCGAUAUUCGAUAUAUUCACAGCCGAACAAACGCAAUCAAGAAUACUGGCAAUACUAUUCGAAUUUCAUUUAGUCCCGGAUCAACCAUUCAAGGAGGGCCAUUAGAACAUCAAUAUGAAUUACUACAUUGCUCGUUUCAUUGGGGUAAAACAAACAGCCGUGGUUCUGAACAUACAGUUAUUGGCAAGCAAUUUCCUAUGGAAGUCCAACUUCUGCAUUGGAACACAAGUUUAUAUAAGCAGGCUGAAGAUGCUAUGACAGCUCCACAAGGUCUUGCAAUCAUGGCAGCUUUUAUUCAGAUAGGACAGGAAAACCCUGAUUUAAAGGCUAUUACUGAUGUUAUUACUGAAGUCAGGUAUAAGGACGAUAUCCGUGAAAUGCGCCUUCCAUUCAAUCCAAUUCAUUUGGUUCCUCGCAUACGUGAUUAUUGGACUUACGAUGGCUCGCUUACUAUUCCACCUUGCACUGAAAACGUAACAUGGAUAAUAUUUCGGUAUCCACUUUCGAUAUCUGAAAGUCAGAUUCAAGGAUAUCGAUCAUUGCGAGCUUUCUUUCGUCAAGACCGACAAGACGUUGCCAGCCGCGAAGGCGCACUUUUUGAUAACUUUCGACCUGUUCAAUCAAUGAAUAACCGCCCAUUAAGAGCUUCUUUCGAAAUUGAUGUCUUUUCAGGCCUAUUAAAGAAUAUUCCUCAAUGGAAAUUGGGGAAUGUGAUUCCUAAAGAUUCAAGUGAUUCUAAGCUGCAAGACCAGAAUGAAUCAAAACAUGAGAAUGGCAGUGCAGGCGAUAGAAGAUCCACCAUAUCUGACGAUGGCUCAUUUAAAUCUUUAAUAUCAUCAGCUAAUAAUUAUACUCAAGAAAUUCCUAUUACAGCUUCAAAUAAUCAAACUAAUCGCCAGUUUCCUCUUCAUACUGUAAAAGAAUAG